CUUAUUCCAAUCUCUGUACUUUUUGUGUGAACUGCACUUUUUGUAUUCCUUGUACAGUAUGCUCAUGAGUAUGUUCAUAAGACAUGAUGAAGCUUCACAGACACACUAAGACGGCCUUGAGUGUUGUGAAGACUCAGUGGAACAACCUGGUGACACAUAAGUAUGUUGCAUAAAUUCAUAGAUCUUUGUACUGUAUUGGUAAGUGUAAACCUUCUAUUUCCUUAAAUACCAUGUUGCCUUAAAGAAAACUACUGGUCAAUCCUCACAGAACUCCUACAUGGGGUCUCUGACAAUGUCGUAGAUGGAAGACGCCUCUCCAUGUACAAAGACAAAUCAUGCAGCCGCACCAAGUCCCAAGUCAACCCAUGGUGGAGGGUGGACUUGCAGCAAACUUAAAACAUCACCUCCAUAACAGUCACCAACAUUGAAGACGUUGAUCCAGAGAUGAUCGAUGGUGCUGAAAUCCACUUUGGAAACUAUCUGCAGAAUAACGGCAACAACAAUCCAUUGUGCGCUGUGAUGUCCUCAUAUUCCGCGUGGGAGGUCAUGACCUUUCAGUGCAGAGGGAUCGAGGGUCGCUAUGUGAACGUCUUCUUGCCGGGCUGCAAUAAAGACCUGUCACUGUGUGAGGUGGAGGUGAAUGUGGGCAGCCGUCCAGAGAGGAGGGUGCAAGAUAUGAAGAGAGGGCAAAACAUUCUAUGCCUACAUCAUAAGACUCAAUAUGAGAGUGCAGCCACUGUAGCCAGUCAGUCGUCGCAGUGGGACAAGUUUGGAAAUGCCAACAAUGCCAUUGACCUGAACUGGACCAAUUGGUAUCUGGAGGGGUCCUGCAGCCACACGAAAGCAGAUAUCGACUCCUGGUGGCGGGUGAACCUGAGACCCACAACAUCACCUACGUCACCAUUACCAACAGAGGGGACUGCUGCUCCGAUAGGAUCAGUGGAGCAGAGAUCCACAUUGGGGAAUCACUGUUCAACAACGGCAAUAGCAACCCACUGUGACUUAUCUUCGUAACACAACUUCUGGCUGGCUACACAACGCACUAUGUGUCAUCCCAGUAACACAAUUCUGCCUUAAACAACACAGCCAUCUCCAUAACUCAUCAUCAUCAACUAUGAGAAUUGAACCAGACUUAAAGGGGCAAUCCGGAGUUGAAACAAUAACAAACGGUUCUCCCAGACUAGGGAUGGGUCUGGAGAAAUGUAACCACUCUUAAAUUCAUAGACAUAGCUAUGGAUGCAAGGACUGACCAUCUGUGAAAUAAAAAUUUUAGUUGGAACCAUG